UUUUUUUUUUCAAAUUAAUUAAUUUGUGAUCAUCACAAUUGUCAUGUGUAAGUGAUUCCGCCAUUAAAGGAUACAGAUAUAGUCAGUGUUUCCGCCAUUAAAGUAGAUAAACAGUGAGGAAAAACAAACGGAGAUUUUUCAGUAUUUUUUUUUUCACUAUUAAGUGCUCGCAGUUUGUUUGUUUGUUUUUUGGGAAAAUUCUCAGAUUUGGAACAAUUUUUUGAAUUUUGGAAAUGAAGUUUUGUAAGAAAUAUGAGGAGUAUAUGGAAGGGCAAUGCCGGAAUAAGAAGUUGCCGCGGGUAGGUUUGAAGAAAUUGAAGAAAAUUUUGAAGAGAUGUCGAAAAUGUCAUCAAUCACGAAGUGUUGUUGGUCUGUCUGGAGAUAACAAUAUUGUUCAUGAUAGCUCCAGUUGCUCGCAGCAUCAAUGCUCUGUUUGUGAUGGAAGUUUUUUUCCAUCUCUCCUUAAGGAGAUGUCUGAAGUGGUUGGCAGCUUCAAUAAACGUGCGCAGAAAUUGCUUGAACUGCAUCUCUCAUCAGGUUUCCGCAAAUAUCUUAUCUUGCUCAAAGAAAAAAUUCAAGGAAACCAUAUUGCUUUAGUUCAAGAAGGAAAAGAUCUAGUCACCUAUGCUAUAAUCAACGCAAUUGCCGUGCGUAAAAUACUUAAGAAAUAUGACAAGAUUCACUAUUCUAAGCAAGGCCAGGCAUUCAAGUCACAAGCUCAAAGUAUGCACAUUGAGAUCCUUCAGUCCCCCUGGCUGUGUGAACUUAUGGCUUUUCACAUCAAUUUGAGAGAAAAUAAGGCCAAAAAUGGGAAGGCUCUUGCACUUUUUGAUGGUUGCUCCCUGGUGUUCAAAGAAGGGAAACCAUCCCUCACUUGUGAGCUCUUUGAUUCUAUCAAGCUUGAUAUUGAUUUGACCUGUUCUAUUUGCUUGGAUACCGUAUUUGACCCAGUAUCUCUCACUUGUGGUCAUAUAUUCUGCUAUAUCUGUGCUUGCAAAGUUGCAUCAGUGACCAUAGUUGAUGGACUGCAAGCGGCAAAUCACAAGGAAAAAUGCCCUCUCUGCCGAGAGGAAGGAGUGUAUGAAAGUGCUGUGCAUCUGGAAGAGCUUAACAUUCUACUGAGUAGAAGUUGCCCCGAGUACUGGAAAGAGCGCCUUCAGACCGAGAGAGUAGAGAGACUUAGGCUUGCUAAGGAGCACUGGGAAUCUCAGUGUCGGGCAUUUAUGGGCGUCUGAACGAUAAUAGUAGUCUCAUGGUGACUCUAGAAUUAAGAGCAGCAUUUGUUUCUCCUGCAUUUUCUUUUAUGUUGCUAGGAUCCUUCAAAAUGUUGUUGUACCUAUUUCGAAUCCUCCAAAAAUAUUGCAUUUUUAGAGCAAUAUUUAUGGAGUAUCCGAAAUGAGUGUGGUUCCCUUUUUGAGGAAUUCGAGAAGAACAUAUAUCUUUUUUUUUACAUUUCUUUAUGGUUCUACUGUUCAUGCUCUGAACAUGUGCUAGAACCUGUAAAUAAUUGCAUAAUGUUGUGUUUUUUGAGUUGAAGCACGCCAGCUUGCUGCACUGGUUGGGUGUAAGUGACUUAAGCCUUUAAUUUUAGAAGAACAUUUUUGUUGUGGAA